AUGGCUGACCCCUACCAGAACAGCUAUCACCACGGUGACCCCGACGGAUACGGAACGUACGGCGAAGGCGGUCAGGAUGGUUACGGCUACCAGACGGACUACCCACCCCAGGAGGAGGACGCCGCCAGUGACGUGACCGAAGGUCACGAUGAGGACGAUCAGAUGUACGAGGGCGAGUACCAGGGCAUACCGCAUCCGGACGAGAUCAAAGCUGCCCGCCGGGCGGCCAGGACGAAGGCUCGGACGGCGGUGGAUGCCAUGUCAGAGCAGGAGGAGCUGGCAGAGCAGUAUGAAGACAUCAUAGAGGACUGCGGGCACGGACGAUUCCAGUGGAGCCUGUUCAUGGUGCUGGGGUUGGCGCUCAUGGCGGACAGCGUGGAGUGUUUCGUGGUAGCCUUUGCGCUGCCCAGUGCUGAGAAGGACAUGUGUCUGUCCAAUGCGGAGAAAGGCAUGCUGGGUUUGAUAGUGUUCCUGGGAAUGAUGUUUGGAGCAUUUAUUUGGGGUGGAAUGGCAGACAAAGUCGGCCGGAGGAAGUGUCUGAUCAUUGCUUUGUCCAUCAACUGCAUCGCCGCCUUCCUCUCAUCCUUCGCUCAGGGCUACGGGUCCUUCAUCUUCUUCAGGCUCUUCUCUGGCAUCGGGAUUGGCGGCUCCGUGCCCAUCGUGUACUCAUACUUCUCAGAGUUCCUGCAGAUGGAUAAGAGAGGAGAGCACUUGAGCUGGCUCUGCAUGUUCUGGAUGAUCGGCGGCAUCUACGCCUCCUUCAUCGCCUGGGGCAUCAUCCCCCGAUAUGGUUGGGGGUUCAGUAUGGGAACAGAGUUUCAGUUCCACAGCUGGAGGGUUUUCGUGCUGGUCUGCGCUCUGCCAGCCAUCGCUGCCCUCAUCGGCCUCAUGUUCAUGCCUGAGAGCCCACGCUUCUUGCUGGAGCACGCUAAACAUGACGAGGCCUGGAUGAUCCUGAAGCAGGUCCAUGACACCAACUGGAGAGCAAAGGGAGAACCGGAGAGAGUCUUCACAGUGUCUCAAAUCAAGACUCCAAAGACCCAGGAGGACGAGUUCUUCGAGAUUCAGAGCUCCACUGGUACAGCCUUCCAGAGAUGGGUGGUCCGCACAGUGACCCUGGUCAAGCUGGUGUUAAAAAAUGCCGCAUCCCUCUUCGCUCCUGAUUUGAGACUUGCAACUCUCCUCAUGGCUAUCAUUUGGUUCACAAUGGCAUUCAGCUACUACGGUUUGGCCGUGUGGUUCCCGGACAUGAUCAAGCACCUACAGUACGAGGAGUACGAGUCCAAGGUGAAGGUGUUCCACGGGGAGAAGGUCGAGCGGUUCCAUUUCAACUUCUCCCUGGAGAACCAGGUGCACAAAGGUGGAGAAUACAUCAAUGACAAGUUCGUCAACAUCGAGAUGAAGUCAGUGAAGUUUGAGAGCUCACUCUUCGAGGACUGUUAUUUUGAGGACAUCAAGUCUUCAGACACGUUCUUCGAGAACUGCACCAUUAGAUCCACCGUCUUCUACAACACUGAUUUGUAUGAGGAGAGGUUCAUUGACUGCAGAAUGGAGAACACCAGCUUCUUCCACACUAAGAAAGGCUGUCAUCUGAACUUCGCGGAGGAGAACGAUGUGCUCAUCUACUUGGUCAGCUUUUUGGGAAGUCUGGCUGUGCUGCCCGGGAACAUCAUAUCAGCACUUUUCAUGGAUAAAAUCGGCAGGAUCAGAAUGAUAGGAGGCUCCAUGCUCAUCUCAGCCGGCUGCACCUUCUUCCUGUUCAUGAGCUUCAGUCAGGCAGCCAUCAUAGCCUGGCAGUGUCUGUUCUGCGGCGUAAGUGUGGCAGCCUGGAACGGCAUCGAGGUCAUCACUGUGGAGCUCUACCCCGCCUCCAAAAGAGCCACUGCGUUCGGAUUGCUAAAUGCCACCUGUAAGCUGGCUGCUAUCUUGGGGAGCUCCAUCUUCGCCUCGUUUGUGGGCAUCACCAAAGUGGUCCCAAUCCUGCUGUCCUGCGCGGCGCUGGUGUGUGGGGGGCUGCUGGCGCUGAAGCUGCCCGAGACCAGAGAGAAGGUACUGCAGUGAAAACGAAACAUCUCGCCCAGCUCAAAGAAGCAGACGGAGCCUGAGAUUAACCGGCUGCAUCCAAACUAAUCACUCCACUGAUCAACUGCAAACACCAUGAGUUUGUUAGAGCCCUGCCAGUCCGUUCAUCCUCGCCACUCGCUAUGUCCUUCCAGUGCACCUGCAUACGAAAUCAGGACAAGAUUUUCUUUUCUUAUGGAUUUUUACCUGGAGAUUCUCAAAAUUAACCCUGAAAAUCUGAAAAAGUAUGAAUACAGUUGUAUGCAAAAUUAUUCAAAUAACAUGUUGUGCUAGUUUUUUUUAUUUUUUAUUAUUUAAGUCUUAAACACUUUCUCUACAGAGACACACUUCUGCACAUUUUAAUACACAAUUACUGUUUAUUUGCUGAAUUUAACAUAUUUGGUUGAAAAAAGUACUUAGAACUGUUGAAACUUUGCCUCCAACUGUAAGCAUACAAGAAUAUUAAAGUUACUUGAAAUUAUAUAUAUAUCGCUGUUGUUGGAAGAAAACUUUGUCUCUCCAUUUUUGUUAUUUUAGUUUUUGACAUCAUUUGAAAAUGCCUGUUGCCCUUUACAUUGUCUGUAUGAUGAAUGGACCAAAAGGAAUGACCCAAAAUAACUUGGACAAAAUUCUGGUUCCAUUGACUUACAUUCAAAGUAAAGUAGUUUUUUUUCCCCUUCUCCUUUAUAGAGCCAUUAACAUUCAAAGGACCCUCUGCAUCAUGAAAGAGUUCUUCAGAUUGAUGGAAAAUGUGCUGUAUAUGUCUCUAUAUAACACCAAUUGUUCCAAGCUUGUCAAUGUAACAACAGAACAACCGUUUUGGAUGCUAUAUAGAACCCAAAAGGAUUCUUAUACAGCACAUUUUUAAGAACCAUUUCAUCAUUUAAUAUAUAUAUAAACCACAAAACAAAACCUUGUAUCUCCAUAUUUGUCGUUUUUUAAGUUUUUGACCUACUUUCAAAAUCCCCAUUGUCCUAUAUCUUGUAUAUGAAUUCCAUGAUCAAUGGACCAAAAGAAAUGACAUAAAACUACUUGGAAAAAAAUCUGGUUCCAUUGACUUACAUUAAAAGUAGAGCAUGUUUUUUCCUUCUCCUGUAAAGUUACAGAGAAACAAGGUUUUGAUCCGACAGCAGCGAUUUAUAAAUAUAUAGUUGCUAUUAGAACAAUCAUCAGAUCAAAAAGUAUUUUUUUUACCUCAACUUUGAAAACACCUGCUGCUCUGCACACUGAGCGCAAAUUAUAGUGAAAGACCAGCAGAAAUGAUAUGCUGUUACAUUGACUUACUUUGAAAGUGAAGUCAGAAUAAUUUUGAGAUAUGGUUUUGUUCUGACAGUGAUUAUACAGUGUAUAUAUAUAUAUAU